UACUCAAAAAACGAAAAUGUUGAAUUUUAUUCUGCCAAGAAGAGGCUCCACAGUAUAUCCACUGGGCCUUCGCUAUCGUUAUUGCGAGUGAAGAAGAAAGCAAAGCCCUAUUUACAUUCACUCGAAAUUUUCUCCUCUUUAACAAUGUCUCGACGAGAAAGAGACGAUCGCGAUUCCGACUCUCGACGACGCCGUUCAGGAUUCGAUAGAGAACCCAGUCCUAAGAAGUCCAGAAGGGAUGGAAAACCAGAGACAGGAAGAGUUACUAGCAAGACUAACUUGGAUGUUGAAGAUCAUACAGAUCGGGACCAAAAGCACCGCCGCAGACUGCAAGAUGCAUUACCUCUGGAGGCUCCUUCAGCACCUGAUCCUAAGUCGGAGUCUGGUGCUGUCAGUAAAGAAUCUGAAAAGAAGACGAAUGGACACCAUGAAGGAAGCAAACAUUUUUCUGAUCCUACUGAAGUACCUCGGUCUCGAUCCUAUUUUCAGCACGAUGAGCGUGGUAAUGCCGGGCAAGUUGGUCAAAGCUUUGGCAGGAGAGCAGCUACUGAGCGCCAAUGGAGGGAUUCAAAGGAUGACCGAAAUGAAAGAGCAAUGGACAAGUCAUCAACUUAUGAUUCACGACGAAGAGAUGAGAAAUCACAAACUAAGGGGGAUGACAAUGUCUGGCGCCAUGAUGGUUUCUUCAAAAUGGAGACUGAACCACCACCACCUGCGAGGAAAAGACCUGCAUUUAGGGAGAAGAAAAUGCCAGCGGACUUUGAAAAAACUGAGAAAGCAGCUACUGAGUCUGCAAGGCCAGGUCCUCCUGAUCGUCCCACAUCAGUAAAUGAAAGGAGGGAGGAAAGGGAUCGUAACCCCCGCCAUUCUGACAGAUCUGAGAGACCUUUGUUAGCUGACAAGAAAGAAGCACAGAGGGGUGGCCUCUUUUCAAAGGAAAGAUAUAAUAGUGCUGGCGGUAGAGGCGGCAAUUACAGGGGAAGAGAGAGAUUUAGCGGAAGGCAAGGUUAUCGCACAAGUGGUACCCGACUAGAAAAAUGGAAGCAUGAUCUGUUUGAUGAAGCUAAUAAGAGUCCAAACGCAAAGAAUGAAGAGGAUCAGAUUGCAAAAGUUGAAGAACUUUUGGCCUCAUAGCUACGAAGGAUGGAGUUUUUGAUAUGCAUAUGCAAUUAGAACAGUGCGAAAACAUUAUUUUGUUAUUUGUUAGUGAUAUUUUGGCUCUUCAAAUACAUUUCUUUAUGUCUUUAUGACCUUAAUUUGUUGAUGAAACAUUAUUGAAUUGGCCAAACUGUUUGUCAACACCAACUUUUGAUUUUCUA